AGGGGGCGGCUCCAGUCCCUGAGGCUGGAGGAGGCCGGAUCCUGGCCGAGGUGGGCGGCCGCUGUCAGAGGGAUAAGAGCGGGGUGGCCGGCUGGCGCUGCGCGGGAACGUGGCGGUGAGAGCGGCGGGACCCGGUCUUCCAGAUUUUCUAGCUCUUGUGGAUGAAAACAUCUUCCUGUUGUUGUCUGUUCUCCGUGAUGACCAGAUUCUGGCUCUGGAAAUAGACUUCAGCCACUGUGCUGAAAUGGCUGCUGUCACUGUCACACUACAGAAUACAUUAAUAGUAAAUUAAAUUUUGUCUGAAGGCAAAACUUUAAGGAAAUAUUCCCAGAAUUUAUCUGUUUUUCUCCUGUAAAAAGAAAAGUAAUGUGUUAGCUGUAUUUAAACAACAACAACAACCUGCUCAGACAUGAGCAGUGCCAGUAACUCGCUGGCACGUGAAUUUUUGAUAGAUGUCAAUCGUCUCUGCAAUGCUGUGGUCCAGAGGGCUGAAGCCAGGGAGGAGGAAGAGGAGGAAACUCACAUGGCAGCACUUGGACAAUACCUUGUUCAGGGUCGUGGUUUUACUUUGCUUACUACGCUCAAUUCCAACAUGGAUCAGGAGCUGACAUGUCGAGAAGAACUUCUAACUCUCCUGCUGUCGCUUCUACCAUUGGUGUGGAAAAUACCUGUCCAAGAAGAAAAAGCGAUGAAUUUCAAUCUACCCUUCACAGUUGACAUAUGCCUGACCAAAGAGACACGUUCAAGUUCUUUGAGAUCUGCACAUGAAAAACAAAAUUUAGAAGGAAUAGUUCAUCCAUCCAUUCAGACUCCUGUAAAAUUAAAUUCUUCAUUUCGAAAAAUUAGGCGUCAGCGCAAAAUCACCCAUCGGUAUUCUGUGAGGGAUGCAAGAAAAUCUCAGUUAUCCACUUCGGAUUCAGAAGGCAAUUCAGAUGACAAGACUUCCAUAAUGAUUAAACACAGGCGGUCUCAAAUCCUACAGCCUUUUGUAACACACGUACCUAGGGAUGAUUACCAUGCAGAAGUAGUACGAAGUUUUAAUCCCAAUCCCAUCAGUCUAGAAAAUUCCAGACAGAUCAUUCCAACACAAGAGUCAAAAUCUGAGGUUUUAAAUGAGUCAGAUGAAGCAGCAGUUGUCAGCAGCAUGGACAAUUCUCCAUUUGAUUUGUGCCAUGUCUUGUUGUCAUUGUUAGAAAAAGUAUGUAAAUUUGAUAUUACCUUGAAUCACAGUUCUGCACUUGCAGCCACUGUAGUGCCCUCCUUAACAGAAUUCUUAUCAGGAUUUGGAGACUGUUGCAAUGUGAGUGGUGAUGCAGAAAGUGAAGUGGUUUCUGCAGGCUGGACAGAAGAACCUGUGGCUCUGGUUCAAAGGAUGCUCUUUAGAACAGUGCUGCACCUUUUGUCCAUAGAUAUUACGAAUGCUGAAACUAUGCCUGACAACUUGAGAAAAAAUCUAACAGACUUACUUAGAGCAGCUUUAAAAAUUAGAACUUGUUUGGAAAAGCAGUCUGAUCCUUUUGUUCCAAGACACAAGAAAACACUACAGGAGGUUCAGGAUAACUUUGUGUUCUCCAAGUAUCGCCACAGAGUCCUCCUUUUACCUGAGCUUCUAGAAGGGGUUUUGCAGAUUCUGAUCUGUUGUCUUCAGAGUGCAGCUUCCAAUCCAUUUUAUUUUAGUCAAGCUGUGGAUCUCGUUCAUGAAUUUAUACAACACAAGGGAUUUAAACUAUUGGAAAUGACAGUGCUUCAAAUGGAAUGGCUGGUCUCAAAGGAUGAGGAAAUAACUACUGAAGCCUCAGAACAUCUAAAAGCCCUAAUCAGCAGCAUUAUGAAAAUAAUCAGCACUGUCAAAAAAGUGAAAUCAGAACAGCUUCAUCAGUCAAUGUGUACAAGAAAGAGGCAUAGACGAUGUGAGUAUUCUCACUUCAUGCAUCACCACAGAGAUCUCUCGGGGCUUCCGGUUUCUGCUUUCAAAAACCAGGUUUCCAGAAACCCCUUUGAGGAGGUAGUAGAUGGAGAAGUUCAUUAUCCUGAACGCUGCUGUUGCAUUGCUGUUUGUGCUCAUCAAUGCUUCCACUUGCUGCAGCAAGUUUCUUUGAGCAGCACCUGUGCUCAGAUUCUAUCAGGUGUACAUAAUGUAGGAAUAUGCUGUUGUAUGGACCCAAAGUCUGUGAUUACUCCAUUACUUCAAGCUUCCAAAUUACCAGUGUUAAAAAACUUUCAACAGCACAUAUUGAGCAUCCUUAACAAGUUUAUAUUGGAUCAAUUGGGAGGAGCUGAAGUUUCUCAAAAAAUUAUACAAGCAGCCUGCAAUAUUUGUACUAUUGACUGUGACCAGCUUGCUGAGCUAGAAGAUACCCUGCAAAGCAACUCGACUGAUAUUGGUCUCGCAUCAAAUUUUUCAUGUCCCUCUUACAGGUUUCAAGGGAUUUUGCCUAGUAGUGGAUCUGAAGACAUGUUGUUGAAGUGGGAUGCUUUGGAGGCUUACCAGGACUUUGCUUUUGAAGAAGACAAACUACGCAGUGUGCAGAUAGCAAGCCACAUUUGUCAUUUAAUCCAAAAGGGCAAUGUGGUGGUUCAGUGGAAGUUAUACAACUAUAUAUAUAACCCAGUGCUCCAGAGAGGGGUUGAGUUAGCACAUCACUCUCAACAGCUCGGUAUAACUGCAGUAUGCAAUCACGUAUGCAGCUGUCAUAGCCGAUGUUUGCCCCAGGAGGUACUUCAAAUUUAUUUACAGACACUACCUGCAUUAUUUAAAUCCAGGAUAAUACAAAAUCUGUUCCUAAGUUGUAAUGGAGUGAAUCAAAUGACAGAACUGAAUUACUUAGAUUCUGUAAGAAGUCACUCUCUGAAAGUACUUGAAACUCUGAUAUUCUGCCUUGGACAUCAGCAGAAAGACCAAGCAGUGCCAGAACUAGAGGGUAUGGAUAACGAACAAAAGGAGUCCAUUUUAGAUUUAAUGACUUCCUUUCGUAGCCAGCAGAUGAUUUCUGAUGUUCCUCAAAGCCUGAGCAAGUUUUAUGCAGGCCUCAGAAAAGCUUAUCCAAAGAAGAAAAAGUGUGUCAAUCAAGAUGUUCAUGUCAAUUUGAUACAUUUAUUUCUCUGUGUGGCUUUUUUGUGUGUAAGUAAAGAAGAGGAGUGUGAUCAGGAUUCAGCUAAUGAUUCUGAAGAUACAUCAGGCUAUGAUAGCACAGCUAGUGAGCCUUUGAGUCACAAGCUACCAUGUCUGUCACUAGAGAGCCUUACUUUACCAUCCCCAGACAAUAUCCACAGGGCAGCAGACAUUUGGUCUAUGUGUCGUUGGAUCUAUUUAUGUAGUUCAGUUUUCCAGAGACAGUUCCAUAGGCUUGGUGGUUUUGAAGUUUGUCAUAGAUUAAUAAUCAUGAUAAUCCAGAAACUUGCCAAAAAUAAAGAAAAGGAGCAAGAGAAAAAGCAAAUUUCAGUUGCUAUGGUUGAGCUUGAGGAACUAAAGAAGUCUGCAAAGCAAGAGAAUGAGUGGUCACUUCAGAGUAUAAGACUCUUGGAAGCUUUGCUGACUAUUUGUCUACACAGCACAAAUAGAACCCAACAGAAAGCGGAAGUGGAGUUGCUUCCCCAGAGUGUGUGUCUGGAAGAUGUAUUACUUGAAAUGCAGGACCAGCUUGCCCAGUCAAGAGCAAUUGAAACUUGCUUGGCAAAACCUCUGUUAGAUUCGCUGCUUCGAGUUGCGUUGGGAAAUUAUUCUGCUGAUCUGGAUCAUUCUGAAGAGAAAACAGAGAAGGUUCUUCAUAGUGAAAAGGCACCUGUUCCCCAACCUGAAGAUCUUUCUGAAGAAGCUGAAGAAUCACAGUGCUGUAGUUUUAAACUCUUUACUGAAGAGGAAGGCUAUGAAGCAGAUAGUGAAAGUAACCCUGAUGACAGUGAAAGCAAGGAUGAAGGAACAGACACUAAAAGAGAAGUGGAAUGCAUGGUCCCUUCAAGUUAUUCCAGUGACCUAACUGAAAACAUCAAUCAAGGAGAACUAAUAUACCCUGAAAUCUGUAUGCUAGAAUUGAAGUUGCUCUCAACUGGCAACCCAAGCCUAGAUGUACUUGCCCAUGUUUUCCAGAGCUUUUUGAAAGUCAUCAGGCAAAAGAAGAAAAAUGCCAUUUCCCUUAUGCAACAGGGUGCUGUAAAAAGUCUUUUGGGAGGAUUCCUAAACAUCUUGAUAAAGAAGGACUCCAGUUUUCCUGCAUGUCAGAUAGUGCUGGUAGAGCUUCUGGUGUCUUUGAUGAGCUCAAGGACAUGUGCAGAAGAGCUAACCCUUCUCUUGAGGAUAUUUUUAGAGGAAACGCCUUGUACUGAGAUACUACUUAAAGGUAUCUUGAAGAUUGUGGAGACAAAUAUCUAUAUGAGUCCUUUACAAUAUCUCUCCUUCCCCUUGCUAAAGAGCCCAAAUUUAAAUAGUAGUUCUUCACAAAAAUCGACUAGUGCACUCAACAGCAAGACCGUAGGACUAUUAAAAAGAGCAAAAUUUUCACAAAAUAAGAAGGAAGCAGAUGGUGAGAAUUUGACUCACCAGCUUCUUUCUUCAUGGCAUGUAGCCCCAAUCCACCUGCCUUUGGUGGGACAAAAUUGUUGGCCGCACAUGUCUGAGGGCUUCAGUGUCUCAUUGUGGUUUCAUGUGGAAUGUGUUCAAGAAACAGGAAGUCCCAUAGAAAAAGGGAAGAAGAUGAAGAAAAGAAGCAAACCACUCAUUGUGCAUGAGAGCAGUUUUGAUGGCACAGAAGGAAGCAAAUCUGGACGAAUGGAGUACCUUAACUUGGGGGACAAACUUGUUGAAGAUGGCUGCAUUCAUAUAAUUUCAUUGGGUUCCAAAGCAUUGAUGAUACAAGUCUGGGCUGAUUUGAACACUGGAGCAUUUAUAUUUCGUAUGUGUAUGGAUCCAAAUGACGAAAUGAAAGCUGGCCUGCUAGCACAGGCAGAAUCACCAGAGAACAUUUUCCUUGUAGGCAAGUGGGAGCAUUUGGCAAUAACAUACUUGCAACAGCCAGAAGGCAAGAAGAAUAUCCAUGGAGAACUGUUGCUAUGGGUCUCUGGUCAGAGGAAAUGUGAGAUCAGUUUAGAUUACACUCUGCCAAGAAAAACAACUUUAUCUGACAGCAAUAAAACAUUUUGUAUGGUUGGUCAUUGCACAUCAUCCCAAGAAGAACAACUACAAUUGGCUGGGAAAUGGGAUCUGGGAAAUCUGCUUCUCUUUAAUGGUGCAAAGAUUGGUCCAGAGGAAGCAUUCUACCUAUACGCCUGUGGGCCAGACUUUACCUCUGUAAUGCCUUGUAAAUAUAGCAAAACAAUGACCGACUACUCCAAAUACAUAACUAAAGACAUUUUACAGUGUGAACAAAUUAAGGAACUCUUCAUGAAAAAGAAAGAAGUGGACGUUGGAGCUUUAAUUGAAAGUCUCGCUGUUGUCUAUACCACUUGCUGCCCUGCUCAGUACACCAUCUAUGAACCUGUUAUUAGGCUGAAAGGUCAAGUGAAAACUGUGCCCUCACAGAGACCUUUCAGUUCAAAAGAAGUUCAGAGUAAUUUCUUGGAUCCUCAUCACCUGAAAAUGCUUCAGCCAGUUGAAUAUAAAACUCUUCAGGGCAUACUGCAUGAGAUUGGAGGAACGGGUGCAUUUGUCUUUCUCUUUGCUAGGGUUAUAGAUAUCACCAACUGUGAAGAGACUCAAGCUUUAGCACUACAAGUUAUACUCUCAUUAACAAAAUACAAUCAACAGAGAAUACAAGAGAUGGAAAACUGUAAUGGAUAUUCCAUGAUUCAUCAGGUGUUGAUUAAACCCAAGUGUAUUGUUGGAUUUCACAUUUUGAAGACACUUCUUGAAGGCUGCUUCAGCGAUGAGAUUCUUAAUAUAAAUGAGAGCAGACAAUUCAUGCUUGAUGCAGAUUCCACUGCAGUAAUACAAGAUAUUAAAUUGUUAGAAGAGUUGCUGCUUGAUUGGAAGAUAUGGUCUAAAGCACAGCAAGGUGUUUGGGAAACUCUUUUAGCAGCUCUGGAAAUCCUUAUCAGAGCUAACCAUCACCAACAGAUGUUUAACAUCAAACAACUGUUAAAAGCUCAAGUGGUGCAUCACUUCUUGCUAACGUGUCAGGUUCUGCAGGAGCAAAAGGAAGGGCAUCUUACAACCCUGCCUCGGGAGCAGUUCACCCUCCCACUAAUACAUAUGUUUGUCACAAUCCCACCAACUUCUACUUUUCCCUGCACAUAGGUAGAUACAAUAUUUUUCUGGAAAAG